GUUUUGCUGGGUAUAAAGCCCCAGUGAGCCCCUCUCCGCCCCAUCCCUCUCCUGGCAGUGCCUUGGGCAGGGGCAAUGGCCGAGCUGCCCAUUGCAGAGCUGCCCCCGGCCCGCUGCAGUGGCCGCUUCACCAUCAGCACCCUCCUGGGCACGGAGGAAGGUGGUCGUGGUCAGUACGUGCCCACCGAGAGCUCCAGCUGCGACAGCGCCCAGCCCACCCAGCUCUCGGGCAGCACUCUCUGCACCAGGACCUUCGGCUACAACACAAUGGAUGUCGUGCCCGCCUAUGAGCACUAUGCCAACAGCAAGGGGGUGGGAGACACCAGGAAGGGCAGGCCCUCCCUGGCGGACCUGCACUCCAUCCUCAAGCCAGACCCAGGCCACCUCUGCACACCUGUGUCUGACCCACAGCAGAGCAAUGGGCUGACAGAGGCCGGCCCAGAGGAGGCAUCGGUGGAGCCAGGCACAGACCCGGUACCAGAGCCCGUCCGCUUUGGCUGGGUGAAGGGUGUGAUGAUCCGCUGCAUGCUGAACAUAUGGGGAGUCAUCCUCUACCUGCGCCUGCCCUGGAUCACUGCCCAGGCAGGAAUUGCCCUGACGUGGCUAAUCAUCCUGAUGUCUGUGACAGUGACCACUAUCACCGGCUUGUCCAUCUCCGCCAUAUCCACCAACGGCAAAGUGAAGUCAGGUACCAUGUGUGUGUGUCCUGGAAUGGGCCAUGAGGGGCAGGGGGGGCCCAAAAACAUGUUGGGGAGGGAGCAAACACCACAGGGUGCUUCCACUGCUUCAGGGGGCACCUACUUCCUCAUCUCGCGGAGCCUCGGGCCGGAGCUGGGUGGCUCCAUCGGGCUCAUCUUCGCCUUCGCCAACGCGGUGGCUGUGGCCAUGCACACCGUGGGCUUCGCUGAAACCGUCCGGGACCUGCUGCAGGAGCACAAUUCUCUCAUUGUGGACCCCACAAAUGACAUCCGCAUCAUCGGCGUGGUCACCGUGACAGUGCUGCUGGGCAUCUCUCUGGCUGGCAUGGAGUGGGAGGCCAAGGCACAGAUAUUGUUCUUCCUGGUCAUCUUGGUUUCCUUCAUAAAUUACCUGGUGGGCACUGUGAUCCCUGCCACUGCCGAGAAGCAGUCGAAGGGUUUCUUCAGCUACCGAGCCGACAUCUUUGCCCAGAACUUUGUGCCCAACUGGCGGGGACCUGAGGGCUCCUUUUUCAGCUUGUUUUCCAUUUUCUUCCCAUCGGCAACUGGUAUCCUGGCUGGGGCCAACAUUUCAGGUGACCUGAAGGAUCCUGCUGUGGCCAUCCCUAAGGGCACCUUGAUGGCCAUAUUCUGGACCACCUUGUCUUACCUGGUGCUUUCUGCUACGAUUGGUGCCUGUGUGGUCCGGGAUGCUUCGGGCAGCCUCAACGACAGCGUGGUGCUGGGCUCACUGGGCUGCGAGGGGCUGGCCUGCACUUUCGGGUGGAACUUCACUGGCUGCACCCAGCGGCAGAGCUGCCGAUACGGGCUCAGCAACUACUACCAGAGCAUGAGCAUGGUGUCCGGGUUUGGCCCCCUCAUCACAGCAGGGAUCUUCGGCGCUACCCUCUCCUCAGCACUGGCCUGCCUUGUCUCAGCCCCCAAAGUCUUUCAGUGUCUCUGCAGGGACCAGCUCUACCCUCUCAUAGGCUUCUUCGGGAAGGGUUAUGGGAGGAACAGUGAGCCCAUCCGCGGCUACAUGCUCACCUACGUCAUUGCUGUGGGCUUCAUCCUCAUCGCCGAGCUCAACGCCAUCGCCCCCAUCAUCUCCAACUUCUUCCUCUGCUCCUACGCUCUCAUCAACUUCAGCUGCUUCCACGCUUCCAUCACCAACUCCCCAGGCUGGCGACCCUCCUUUCAGUAUUACAGCAAGUGGGCUGCGCUCUUCGGGGCUGCCAUCUCAGUGGUGAUCAUGUUCCUGCUGACCUGGUGGGCAGCCCUCAUUGCCUUUGGCAUUGUCAUCUUCCUCCUGGGAUACGUCCUCUACAAAAAGCCAGAUGUCAACUGGGGCUCCUCCAUGCAAGCCAGCUCAUACAACAUGGCCCUCAACUACUCAGUGGGGCUGAGUGAAGUGGAUGAGCACAUCAAGAACUACAGGCAAGGGUGCCUGGUGCUCACUGGCCCUCCCAGUUUCCGCCCAGCCCUGGUGGACUUUGUGGGAACCUUCACCAAGAACCUCAGCCUGAUGCUCUGUGGCAACGUGCUCAUUGCACCACAGAAGCAGAAGAUGCCAGAUUCCCGGCUGAUAGCAGAUGGCCACACCAAGUGGCUUAUGAAGAGAAAGAUCAAGGCUUUCUAUACGGAUGUGGUGGCUGAGAAUCUGAGAAGUGGUGUCCAAAUGCUCAUUCAGGCUGCUGGACUUGGGAAGAUGAGACCCAACAUCCUGGUGCUGGGCUACAAGAGGAACUGGCGGACGGCAUCCCCACAGAGCCUGGAAGACUACGUGGGCAUCCUGCACGAUGCCUUUGAUUUCAAGUAUGGUGUGUGCUUGAUGAGGAUGAAGGAAGGGCUGAAUGUUUCCCGAGUUCUGCAGGCACACAUUAACCCCAUGCUCAAGGCAGAGGAGAGGAACUGCACCAGAGGCAGAGCAGCCCCGAGCACAGGACCCUCUUGCCCUGGCAGUGGAUCCCACCACCUUGGCCUAUGAGCAGCAGGCGAGCACCAUCUUCCAGAGCAAGCAGGGCAAGAAGACCAUUGACAUUUACUGGCUCUUCGAUGAUGGAGGUAACCUUCACCUUUGGCUGCUGCGGCUCUUUGACAUCUCUCUGUCUGCCUAAUGUGAUCCCAGCACCCCCACUGCCCAGGAGGGCUCAGUCCUUUCUGACUGUGCCAGGGCAUUCCAGGCAUCUGGUGUCAAUAGUGCUGGUGAGCCCACAGGGCUGCUGCCACCACCUCUGCCAUUGGGUGUUUUGGGGCCAGGUCUCACGCUGCUCAUCCCCUACCUCAUGGGGCGUAAGAAGCGGUGGGGAAAGUGCAAAAUCCGUGUGUUUGUUGGUGGGCAGAUCAACAGGAUGGACGAGGAAAGGAAGGUGUAAGUGCCCCACAGCCCCUCGUAGCUACCACUGCUGCCCCAUGGGUGGGUGGCAGGAGCUGCUUUACCCCGAAAACUCCUUGGCCUUUGUGGUAACAGGAGCUGCAGGCUGUGACCUGGCUGCUCUGCCUUGAUUCUCUGAAAAUCAGUGAAGUAGGAAAAAACGAAGGGCACACCAAGGAUGGCAGCAGGGCAGGUCCCGGGGCUGCUGUGCCCACUGAUUCCUGGAAAACAUGCCCUUUUCCCUCCGGUAGGAUUGUCUCUCUGCUGAGCAAGUUCCGCCUCGGCUUCCAUGAUGUCCACAUCCUCCCUGACAUCAACCAGAAACCCCGGCCAGAGCAGUAACUGCCCCCUUCCCCUCCUUCCCCCAUCUCUCCAGCACCACCAAACCCACCCAGACCCCUGGCACCAUCUGCUUGUCUUGCAGCAUCAAGAGGUUUGACGACCUCAUAGCUCCCUUCAGGCUAAACGAUGGCUUCAAGGAUGAGGCCAUAGUGAACGAAAUGAGGCAGGGCUGUCCCUGGAAGAUUUCUGACGAGGAGGUUGAUAAGAACAGAGUGAAGGUAG